GCUACGUGCUUGUCAUCAUGGCGCUCCGGUCGUUCAGCAAGGACACGCUGCAAGAUAAUUGGUACGAGGAGCGCUGCGAGCCGCUCCAGGGCGUCCUUCCAUACGAAGAAAAGACGCGGUAUACGACGACGGUGGAGGCCGAUUUCGUCAACCCGGUAGGGAUUCAGCGCCGCCACGAGCUGCACAAGAAGACACCGCGGCCACGCUUGCUUCGCAGCGACAACUACGAGGAGGCAGUGGCAGCACGGCCGAUCCGCCAUCGACCGGAAGCGGGUUUCGGUGCUGUGCUCCCGACGCCGGAUCCCAGCCUCGCGAGCCGGCACCUCAAGACGAUCAACCAAGAGGCCUUCGGCUAUCCGUCGAGCGGUCUGCCCCGGCACCUUGUGCUGACCGCGGGCGGUGCGGGUGGCGUUCGCGUCGAGCACGGAAAAGCGGCGUCGGGCGCAUCAGGCGAAGUCGUUCGACAGCACGCCGACCCGCAAAAGGACACGCAUGCCCAGCGAUCGUGGAUGUACACAAAAGACCCGAUCCUGGCGCGCGUGCGCCAAGGCGGCAGCAGCAACCAAGAAGCCGAGGCCACCAAGAGCCCACGCGCCCACUACCGGCGUCAAUCAACGAGCAUCACGACCGUCUAUCAAAAGAAGGAUGGAAUUUACUACGACGACUAGAUGACAACUUGAACAUACUAGCAACCAACAUACACGUGUUUUGCUCUUUGA